UUUUUCACGUUUCGCACCGCCGUCCCGUGCCGAAGGAGGCAAAGCCUGCGGGCAGUUCACAGUGACCUGACAGUGAAACCGGAGUAACGUGCGAAAUGUUUCCAUGCGCUGAAAGCAACAGCGGCACAAUGAAGCUCUACCUAUUUCUCGCCAUCGUCGUGUGCAAAUCGUGCAAUUACUUCUCCCACGCCGAGUACGACUCCCUCGUCGACUGGGCCAACCGGGGCCCGGCGGAAGCGGACGCGUCGCUCGAGGGCGGUGAGUUCGAAUGGUCCCCGUACGGGCGGCCCCCGUGGACGUCGGCGGUGAAGCGCAGCGCCAAGGCGGACAUUCAGACGCGUCGGCGGAGCUCCCUGGACAAGAACUUCAUGCGCUUUGGCCGGGCGGACCCGCAGGUGGUGCGCUACUCGCGGGCCUCCAACCUGAUGCGCUUUGGCCGCCCGGACCGCAGCUUCAUGCGCUUCGGGCGUGACAGUUGGACGGGCGCGGGACCCGACCAGCUGGACCUGGGCACGUUGGCUGGCGCGGAGGACCUGAGCAAGGAGUACGCGACCUCGACCGAGCAGCUGGAGCAGGCAGACCAGGCCUCGGGGUUGGCCUCGAAGCGCAAUGCGGCGGGCGGCGCCUCGGAGGAGAUGAUGGCCGCGGGGCUGUCGGAGUCGGGCGAGCAGAUCCGACCGAAGCAGGUCGUCUACUAUCGGCGGGACUCGCCGAAGAAUCUGAUGCGUUUCGGCAAGCGGCGGCCGGCGGGCGCCUCCGGUUACAUGCGCUUUGGCCGGGCGAACUUAAUGCGCUUCGGUCGGCGAAGCGACGAACCCGAGCUGGACGACCGUGCCCCGUUGAUGUUUGGGCGCAUUGCCCGUGCCGGCUCGUCCAAUCUGAUGCGAUUCGGGCGCGCCGGCAACCUGAUGCGUUUCGGACGCUCCGGACCCAGUGAGACGGCCCCGGCCGGACCCGCAAGAAACCAACCCAGCAAUGGAACAUCCUCACUUCCGGCGGAAGACGGCAGCGCGCCGGUGGCCCGAGCAACCGCGACACUUCCCGCGAAUCUGCUCGAACUACUCGACGGCGAUCGAUUGGUGCCGGGGCUGACGAAGGACCAGGAACUGGCACUGCUCGACGCGAUCGACGCUGGCGAGGGUGGUGCAGCCCAACGCGUCGGUUCCAACGAACGACUACCGCUGUACGUCGUCGAGAAGUAGUCGGUUCCUCGACCCGAUCACCCCAAACGAUUUCCCUCGCUUGCCGCUUGAUGCAAAAGUACGGAUUGCAAACUCCUUCCCUUCUCCCAGAGUAAUCCGCAAAAUGGCGUAUUGUUGAUAAAAUAACAUAACAUAACGAACGCGAAUAAUCCAACAGGACACGUUUCGAACUGGAUGCAUUCCACAAUGUUAACAAAACAAAAAACAUAAAGGCUGGUAUCAACAAUGCGGAUCAUUUUGCACUACCUAUCGCGGGGAGAAAUGGGCGAAAUUUAAAGAGGACUUAUUUAACAAAUGCCAAAAAGUAUUAACUAGCUCGCCGGAAGAAAGCUACGGAUGGACAAUGGAAAAAGUGGAAACUGCUUCGAUGGGAAUAAAGAACAUUUGACGACGGACGCAACCGAUGCAAACAGAAGACGAGAGGAAAACGAAAGCGAAAGAAAGUGAACUAUGUAUCAAUUAUCCUUCGCCCCAAUACCUUUGCACGUAGUUUCCAAGAUUUAAGGGGGGAUCUAGUGGCAGCUCAGCAACAAAACAAAACAAAACAAAAAAACUAAUACUAAAUUAAACCUUAACGCAACCAACCACGGGAGCAUUAGAUGCUCGCCAAAAAAGGUAUAUUUAAUGAGAGGACAAUGUUAAUGAUCUUAGCAAUUGAGAAUAUUAAUUAUAUUAUUGUAUACAUAUACACACAGCACAUUAAAGCAUCCAAGCAAAAGAAAACUCAUAUAAACAGGCAAACAGA